AUGUCCGCUGUCAUCAUGAAGAUCUACAUCGGAACAGCCGUGGUGGCUUUGUGCUUCGUGGAAAUGGUCCGCAGUCAAUCGUUCAGACCGAUCGAUGGACUUCUCACCGAACCAAACCAAGAACAAGGAUAUUAUUCCUUCGUCAAGGCGGAAGAUUUCGAACAUCCUCCAAAAGUCCGAAAGCCUCCAUACCAUAGAAGUACAUUCCGCUGCAUGGAGAGAGUUGUGGACGGCAAGCUGUCGCCGAAAGACACGCUUUGCGGCGAUCUCAACAAAGGAGUCAUCCCCUUGAAUCCUAUGGGACAGAGAGCGAUCGACGAUCCCUACCCAUUUGAUUUAAUCAAGAACAAAACCUUGGAGUAUCUAUCCCGGUCGCUACCGUUCCUGAAAGAGCAGCAGAACCUCCCCAAAGUCGCCAGAUUCAGCGGCCCGGUCCAGGUUCAAGCCAGUUCGCCGAUGGGUCCAGUCUAUCGUUUCCGUCGGUCCAUCUCAGAUGAGGUUCUGAACACUUCUACCAUUCGAGUGAAUAACCACGGGACUCAUGACUCGAAGAACGACGCCCGACAGCAACUUUCGAGAGAAGCGAUUCAUCGGGUCGUAAACGCCACCCUGAACGGCCUCUGCCAAAGCGCUCAUGGAACGUUGUGCACCGUCAUGAAUCAACUCCAGCGACAACGGACAGGAUCUUCAGCCAUGAUGUUGAAUGCGCUUUCUGGCCUACUGAAUCUCGCCAAGGGACCUCAAAUUGCAAACAAGGUACAAACCGAAUCUGGAGGAAGUCCAUCAACGACGACGAAUCUUUUGAAUGUUUUGAGCUACGCAGGGGAAUUGCUUAACGCUGUGAACCAGGACACGACCACACCGGCGCCGGUCGUAACCAGGUCACCUCUGAGUCAAGUCCUAUCGGCGUUAACAGGAGCGAACGGGAAUAGCGUCACGAAUCCGUCACCGAUCGUUCAAGUUUUGGAUCUUAUGACGUCGGAGUCAUCCCCGGUCAAGUUACUGGCCAACAUGUAUUCGAACAGGUGAAAGGUUUACAAGGGCGACAAAUAUGAACAAUCUUCGAGGAGCGGUUCGAACCUCCCACCAACGCCCUGUCCUUCAAUGGAAGAAUAUGUCACCCCAGUUUACGCUAGGAACUAUCAAGGCGUAUGGAAAUACGUUGUGCAAAUACCUCAAGAGGGCUAUUUGACACAGACAAUCCAGCAGACGACUUGCAUGUCUCAAACGUGCGACUUCGUGGACAACGGCUUGUGCCAUGAGAGUCCGCGAUGGGUUUCUCUCCUUGUGGCCGAAAUCUUCUACCCCGACGCUGUCGUCCCCCACUCGAAGAGUGUGCCCAGACCUCCGCCGCAUCUCCCUCCGCACCAUCCGUCAUUCGUUCCAUCCAAAAGACCGAACUCUGUCUAUGAGAAAUCUCUCUCAGGGCCCCAGCCGUCACCGAGCAAGCACUAUCCGGUCUACCAGAGACCCAUCGAGAGGCCGCAAGCUCCACCCCCACCUGUGGAGGAUUUCCAUAAUUUCCAACAGUAUCUUCAACGGCGAGUAGCAGACAGUAAUGCACAGAAGAAGAAACAGAAGUGCGACGGAUAUGAUCGCGUGGGAUGUUUCGUCGUCCGUAUGUACUAUGAUUGGUUCCUGGUGAAUGGUUCGUGCAAGUGCUGGAAACCCUCAGGAAAAACUCAAGCGAAACACUUAUUCGGUGGCAAGAGAUGAGCGGCUCUUCGAUCUCGUCUCGAGUCCCAAAAGGCUGAUAGUAUUGUAGCAAAAAUUCUGUGGAGACUGAAAGGAACUCCAUGUGCCGGUCGGAGACAGAUCUAUGUAUUCUAGAUACUUCUCUCGGCCGCGACACUCGGCGGAACGAGAGGGCUAGGAGUAGUGAACUCGGAGAGUCCAUCGACUCCCAGGUACAGGUGUCG